AUGGCAACAACAGAGGCUCUUGUUACCAAAAUAGGGACGACGGCGAAGGCACUCUAUACUAGAAUAGCAAUGAUAGUGAACGCUCUCCUUAUCGAAACAACGAUGAUGGCGAAUGAGCUCUCCGAAUGCAGCAUCGAAUUUUUCAGAGACAAGUAUGUCCGCACACCCAUUUCCUUCUCUGUAAACAUGCUGGAUUUGGAUUUCCCAAUCUCUGUUCAACAGCUCCUAAAGUUUAUUGGCAUCCCGCCGAUGUUCUGCUCGAACUUCAUCCACCUGUGUUCAACUUACACCACCCUUUCACUUGAUAGAAGGCCUCAUUUACAAAACUCUGCUUUGUGUCAACUGCUUCGAUCAAUUCGUCGAUUUCGAGGGCUUCGAGGAGUGAAGCACCGGAGACUGAUGGACGGCCCGCGGUCGAAGAUCAGGAUGAAGAGACUUGUGCCUUCAGCACCAAUGGCAUCCGCCAGCAAAGAACUCGAAGAACAGCUUCACGAAGUUGGAAGUAAGCUCCUGGAUCCUCCCUCUUCUGCCAACGAUGUCCUGCGCCUUCUAAAUCAACUUGAGCGUUGCCUCUUGGGGGUUGAACAGUCUCCUACAAAAUCAAUACAAAAUGCACUCUCAACGUCACUGAAAGCAUUAAUUGUUGAUAAACUUGUGAGGCAUUCAAAUGAUGAUGUGAAAGUUUCAGUAGCCUCUUGCAUCACUGAAAUAGCAAGAAUAACUGCACCUGAUUGUCCGUAUGAUGAUCACCAAAUGCGGGUGGUGUUUCAAUCAAUUGUAUCUUCAUUUGAAAAUCUAAAUGAUAAGUCAAGCCGGUUAUAUGCUAAGACAACAUCCAUUCUUGUAACUUUUGCGCAGACCAGAUUGUUUAUUGUAAUGCUAGAUCUUGACUGUGACGCCCUUAUUUUAGAGAUGUUUCGGCAUUUCUUCAAGGCUGUAAGGGAACAUCAUCCGGAGAAUGUUUUAUCAUCCAUUGAGAUUAUUACGACUCAUGUUAUAAAGGAAAGUGAAGAGAUAUCUCUGGACCUCCUUUCUCCAAUCCUAGCCAGCGUGAAGAAAGAUAUUGAGGGUGUUUGGCCUAAUGCUAAAAUAUUUGGGGAGAUGGUCCUGGAAAGUUGCGCAGAAAAGCUGAAACCCUACUUAGUGCCAGCUAUCCCCACCUUCGGUAUUUCUUUAGAUAAUUACAGCAACGUACUUGCUUCAAUAUGCGAAGGUACAUCUGGUAGCUUGGAGCAGAAUGAUUCACGUGUUUCCAAUGAAAAUAUGGUGAAAGAAGAGGAUGCUAAAAAGGUUAACCCUUCCCAAGAAGUCACUGUUGUUGAUGACUUUAAGGCUUCUUCGAGUAGGAUGAUUCAAGAGUUAAGAUAUCGAAAUAGGACCUGCUUAUGCAAUCAGAGAGCGUCCAUUCAAAUAUCAGACUCAGACAAGAAUCCUGGCAAGCUAUAUGCAACAUGUGCGACAAGGAGGUGCAAAUAUUUCGCUUGGGUCACGCCAGAAAUUGCAGAAACUAAAAUUGCCAAUGUCGAACGAGUUCCUGAACAUGAAAUGGUUCCUCUUAUCGAUAGGGUAACAAAGCUAGAGUUAGAAAAUGAUCAACUAAAGCUGAGAGUUGCACAUGUGGAAGAGAUUUGUCAGCGGAUGGACAACUUUUGUUCUGUUUUGCGUAAUUUAAGUUAUGUUUGA